AUGACAGUCCCUGCCUCCCCGGCGUCGGGAGUCUGGUCCACGCGCCAGCGACCUUACAGCCUAGUUCCCAGCGGAAGUGCCAACGCGUGCAGCGGUAUUGGCUGCGCGUGCAUCCGGGCCAUUCUUCCGGUCGGCCGCCCUCUAACUUCCGGCGGCGGGUGGGCGCGCGCCGCGCGCUUAACUACCUUCUUUUCCGAGGGUCGGCAGGCGGCUGCGGCGUGGGAUGGAGACCUCGGCCCCUGGCCGGGCAUGGCAUUCCUCUUCUCCGCCUUUCUGGUGCAGGCGCCCUCCUCAGUUGGAUAUUUAGUUCGAUUGCCAAGAAGUUUUCGCUUGACUCAGGAUGCAGUGAAAAUAGUGGGGUCAUCGCAUUUUCCAGCAAGUGUCUACGUCAUGCUCCACCAGCGGAGUCCACAUGUGCUGUGUGCCACCCAGCAGCUUCGAAAUGCUGAGCUCAUAGACUCAACAUUCCAGUGGCAUGGGCCAAAAGGGAAAAUUGCUUCAGAAAAUAGCACCGCACAGAUAACCUCCACCAGAAGCCUUGUGUUCCAGAAUUUCGAGGAGACCAUGAGCGGGGUUUACACUUGUUUCCUCAAAUAUAAAGCUCAUGUGGAGGAUCCUAUUAAAAAUCUUCAACUGAAAUAUGUUGUAUAUGCCUAUUGUGAGCCUCAUUAUUAUUACCAGUUUACAGCUCGAUAUCAUGCAGCUCCCUGCAAUAGCAUCUAUAAUAUUUCUUUUGAGAAGAAACUUUUUCAGAUUUUAAGCAAAUUGGUUCUUGACCUUUCAUGUGAGAUCUCCUUACUUAAGUCUCAGUGCCAUUGCAUCAAAAUGCAAAAAGCUGGUUUGCAAAAUGAACUGUUCUUUACAUUUUCAGUUUCAUCUCUAGACACUGAAAAAGGAUCAAAGACAUGUAAAGACCAUGAUUGUGAAUAUUUCAAAAGACUAUCUAAGGCUAGGCAUCUCAUAGAGAGAUUCUUUAAUCAGCAAGUGGAAGCUCUGGGCAGACGUGCGGAACCAUUGCCUCAGAUAUACUACAUUGAAGGCAUCCUGGAAAUGGUGUGGGUUAACCGCUGCUUCCCGGGGUACGGGAUGAACGCCCUGAAGCACCCGCGAUGUCCCGAGUGCUGCGUGAUCUGCAGUCCGGGCUCUUACAACCCCCGUGAUGGAAUUCACUGCCUGCAGUGCAACAGCAGCCUGGUGUACGGAGCCAAGACAUGCCCGUAGACCAUUGUCUGGAGUCCUUCGGUGGUUUAUUCAAUGCAAAAGUAUAUUUUUGAAAUAUUAAAAUAUAAUAAAUCACCAUUAUGCCAAAUUAAAUAAUCAUA